AUGCCAGAAAUUCCCAAGUACAAUGGAACCACUGAUCCUAAUGAGUAUGUCACUUCUUAUUCAUGUGCAAUAAAAGGCAAUGAGUUAGAAGAUGAUGAAACUGAAUCUGUUCUGUUGAAAAAAAUUGGAGAAACUUUAUCGAAGGGGGAAAUGAUAUUGUACCACAAUUUGCCGCCCAAUUCCAUCGAUUCCUUUGCCAUGCUUGCUGAUUCGUUCGUAAAGGAACACGCUGGAGCAAUAAAGGCCGUGACUAGGAAAUCAGACCUCUUCAAAGUAAGACAAAAGGACAACGAAAUACUAAGGGAAUUCGUAUCUCGGUUCCAGAUGGAACGCAUGGACCUAUCACCGGUCACGAAUGAUUGGGCUGUCCAACCCUUCACUCAAGGUUUGAAUGAGCGAAGUUCGUCAAAGAUCCGAGUCGAGGAUGAUCAGUUAGGUGCCCCUUCCGGUUCUGUUUAUCCAAAUAGAUCCAAAGGCAGGAUUCAAAGAGACAUCGAAAGAGAGCCCCGAUCAAACAGAGAUCGGUACCAACCAUACAGCGCAGAUCAUAGAAACAGUGGACCAGGACGUAAUCCCGUUCGGAAUGAUCGAGUACAAAACUCCCGAGGGCUCAUGAGUAAGACUGGCUUCGAUAAACAUGUCGAGCCCAAGGAAGCGCCACAGUUAUCGGAAUACAACUUCAGCGUCGAUGCAUCGGGCAUUGUAUCAGCUAUUGGACGGAUCAAAGAUACUAGAUGGCCCAGAACCCUACAAUCUGACCUGACUCAAAGAAACCCCAACCAAAUAUUCAAAUACCAUGGAACCCAUGGUCACAAAAUCGAAGACUGCAGGCAAUUGAGGGAGGAGGUUGCUCGUUUAUUCAACGAAGGUCAUCUUCGAGAAUUCUUGAGUGACCGAGCUAAAAAUCAUUUCAGAGACAGGGAUGCAAACAGGAGGAACCACAGCACGUGA